CGGGGAAGAGCCGGGCCCAGCCGGAGCCCCCGCCGACGCCCGCCCCGCUCCCGAGCACCAGUCCCCGAGCAGGCCGCCCGGGCCAGCAACAAGUGCGGAGGCAGAGCCCGGCCGAGGGGCCGAGCCGAGCCGAGCCGAGCCGAGAGGGGCGGGCGGGCGAGGACUGACGUCAGCGAGCGGAGUAUUAUGGUCUGGGCUGCGCUGGCUGCUGCCGCCGCCGCUGCCGCUGCCGCCGCCGCCGCUUUUCUGCUGCCAGCAGCGGCCGAGUAAACAUGGAGCUCUCCGCCGUGGGCGAGCGGGUGUUCGCGGCCGAGGCCUUGCUCAAGAGACGCAUCCGCAAAGGUCGCAUGGAAUAUCUCGUGAAAUGGAAGGGCUGGUCCCAGAAGUACAGCACUUGGGAGCCUGAAGAAAACAUUCUAGAUGCUCGCCUGCUGGCAGCUUUUGAGGAAAGGGAAAGAGAAAUGGAACUUUUUGGCCCCAAAAAACGAGGUCCUAAACCGAAAACCUUCUUGUUAAAGGCCCAGGCAAAAGCCAAAGCUAAAACCUAUGAAUUCCGUAGUGACUCUAGCAGGGGGAUCCGGGUGCCUUACCCAGGAAGGUCUCCCCAGGAACUUGGCUGUACUUCCCGGGCUAGAGAAGGACUAAGACAAAUCCCUCUGCCCCCUCAAAGCAGCUGCUCCACCACCGUGACCAACAGCACCUCCAGAGUGGAAACAAUCCAGGAAAACAGGGUUGGGGCUGAGGAGGACCCAUCUGAAGCAGCCUUAAAAAAGCGAGGCCCAAAGCCCAGGAAAGAACUGUACAAAGACCUGCCUGAGCCUGCUGAUGUGGCCUCCAAGAGGAAAUCGGUUGAACCAGGGGACAAAGUGGUGGUAGAUUACCUAAAAGCCAGGAAAUUGGAAGAGGCUGCAAACCCUGGUGCAGCCAAAUUCAGUUCAGGACAUAGUGUGAUCCAGUUAGCCCGGAGACGGGAGCCUGAAUUGCCCUGUACUGUUUCCAGCCCCAGAGCCGAAACUGGCAUGAAGCUGGGAGUGCCUGAGGCUUACCCCCCCAGGCUUACCAAGCACAGGGCUGAUUUCCUGGAUCCAAAGGGGCAAAGCAGUUUGGACUUGGGUGCCCCUAAGAUCUUACACAGCUCUGCAAACCAAGGCAGCUUAUACCGAGAUGGGCUGGGGACCCAGGCUGGUCGGCCUUCCCUCAUUGCUCGCAUCCCUGUGUCCAGGAUCCUCGGGGACCCUGAGGAAGAAGCUUGGAGCCCAUCGCUCAACAACUUGGAGAAAGUGGUUGUGACUGAUGUGACCUCAAAUUUCUUGACAGUGACCAUUAAGGAGAGCAGCACAGACCAAGGGUUCUUCAAGGAAAAGCGAUGAAUCCCCUUGGAGCAGAGGAUGCAUUUAAAGGCUUUGGGAGAGCUUGUCUGGUUAUGGAUUUUUUUUUCUUGGGCAGGAUUGAAGAAUCUGUCCUUAAUUAUUCUUUUAUUCCUCCCCUUUCACCACCAAUUUCACUUUUGGUUGAAAAGAUUAUCUCUAGAGUUAUAUUUUCUAUUAGAUGUAAAUAUGUUAUUUAAAUAAAAAUACAUAUAUAUAUAUCUAUAUACAUAUAUAUAUAUUUCAAUUUUAAGUUGUUUUUCUUUUUUAAUUUAAGGCUCUUGGAGAAGGACUAACAAACAAAGAACUGAUGUAUCUCUUGCCUCAAUGGCCAGAGCAGGUGUAGAUAGCAAAUGACCUUAUUAGCUAAUUAUAACAUUUUGGUUUGAUUUUUUUUUUAUUCAGUUAUUUCUCCUCUCUUCCCCCAAAGAUGAUGUUGAUGGCAAAUAGGGGAUAUUGUAUUCAUCUGGGGACUGAAAAAUGUCUCCAGUUUCUUGAUUGUUAUAUUAUAAGGUAUUGCUUUGUACAAUCAAGUGUGCUGUGUACUCAACCUGUUCUAGCUGGACAGCUGAAGUAAGCACUUGACUUUACAGUAUUGUCUUUCUUUUGUGUUGCUCCAGUUUAAAAAAAAAUGUUGUUCGCUUAAAAUGUCCAUUAAAAACAGAUGAAAGAUGUUUUAGCAAAGAAGUAUUAACUUGAAUGACCUUUUCUUGCAAGGGAGGAGGGAAAUUGUACGUUUUAAGAGUCCAAAAAGGAGUAGCUGCUGCCAUGCACUUUAAUACAAUUGUGGGGGGGGGGGAGGGGGAGGGAGAGAGAGAGAGAAAUGAACUGUACACUUAGUUUAACUUUGUCUAAGUUUUUUCCUCCUUUAAGUCCAUCCCUGCUCACUCCAAAAAGAUAAUCUGUUUACAUUCCUUACAUGCCAGAAAAGUUGGGGAGGCAAAUGUUUCACUGCUCAUAUUUUAGGUGUUCCUGCUGUUUUAUUGAAAGUAGAGCACCCCCCCCCCCCAUUAUAGUUCUUUUCCAGGUCUCUGGAAAAUUCUUUUUGAAAUGUUGCAUAAUGUAUCUUUCUCGUGAAUGGAAGUCUUCAGUCAGAAAUGCAGGGGAAACAAACAAUUCAUUUUAAAAAGGCCAUUAAUCAGCAAGCCUUGUUUUCUUUUCCUUCUUGUACAUCUUUCUUGGAACAAGUAUCUAUUCCCCACCCCCAAAGGAUUCUGCAGCCUGUUAAAAGUGAAACAGUUCUUUCCCAACAGCGCUAUGUAAAAUACAACCCCCACUUUCCUGCCUCCUUUAAGAAAGCAAUAUGACAUCCAAGGAUUUUAGAGUCUCCUUUAAAAAAAUUUCUGUUCCACUUAAGGAAAAUACAUUUUUCUUUCCUAGACUUGCAGUAACCUCUUGCAUUAGGAGGGAAUGUGCAGUUUGGGGGUUGGGGCUGUUUUCAUUUCUGUAUAGCAGGUGCUGUGGUGUUCCAACAGAUAUUGAUUUAAACAUCUCUUGUUGGUUCAAAAAGCACAAAUUUGCCUAGCGGCCCCUAAGGGCCUAGCAGGGGGAUGAGUAGCCUUCUCCAUCUUCUUAUCAAUGGCCUACUCAGUCACUGGAGCUUUUUAUAGCAUUUUCUCAUUUGGAGACUGCACAGGGGCUGGAAGCACAUUUGGCAUUAGAAAGAGGGGGGGGGGGAGAUGAGUAGAAAGGAGCUUUUGCUCUUCCUGGGAUCAAACAGAGAUCUACCUUUCUUUCUCUCAUAUAUUCUUUUGAGGCUUCCCCUUCUUCUUUUCUAACUAAACAUGUUUUGGGUUUGUUUAAACUAUUUGAAGUUAGGUUCUUGUUUCCCAUCUUAAAAAUAAUGUCAAGGUUUUAAACUUCAGUCAGUUCAGUGGAUUAAGUAAAGAAACAGCAAAUGUGCUCAGUUCCUUUCAUAUGAAACUUACAAGGGUGCGUGGGGGUUGUACAUCAGCAUCUGUAUGUUCACAAAGGUUCCAUAGCCCUUCACAGAGGAUGGGGGCAGAGAAGAGAUGUAGGCCAAGAGAAGCACUUCUUUGGUUGAAACAUCCUAAAUGGUGUCCUUCCCUCCUCAGGUGUCAAAAGUGGUACAUGUCAUCUACGAGAUGUGUUUCUGGACACACCAAUGGGUAUAUAAAUCCUAGACAUACAUGUGGGUGUAUAUGUGUAUGUACAUAGUUACAUAUAUUGAAUGUAUGUGUGUGUGAGUUAUUUAAUUAUCUUUUAAGAUUUGUAAAGAAAGCAAACCUAUAAUCAUUUGGCCUAACAGUCUCACAGGUGAAGCUUAAAUAGGUGUCUUCUGCCCAUGUUGAAUGUCUCUUGCAAUACCUGCUUUUUAUGUGAAUUGAAAUAUAUAUAUAUUCCUUUGUAAAUAGA